AUGCUAAAGAACCACGUCCAAAACGGCUACAGGGACUCGCCCGAGAGAGAGGCCGAAGUCCUCCGCGCUGUGGCCCACACCAACAUCGUCAAGCUGAUUACUGCUUUCGACUUCGGUGGCACCCCCGCAGACGGCCGUGUGGACAUGCUGGAGACGAAGCAGUCUUCCGGCAAGGACACGUACUUCCAAGAGUAUGGGCGCGAUGUGGAUCAGGAGCAUGAUGCCGAUGGCGCAACUUGGAUUAUGACUGAGGGUACGGGCGUUCCCCGUGACUGCCGUGUGGAGCGUCUUGAGCUGAAGCUGGUGGAAGUGAAGCAGCUUUACAUGCUCAAGUGUGGCGCGGACGUGGAUGAAGAUGCCGAUGCCCACGACGAUGCCGAUGGCACGCCGGGGAUCCAAACCAGUGGCACAGGCACCCCCACAGACGGCCGUGUGGACUUGCUGGAGACGAAGCAGUCUUCUGGCAAGGACAUGUACUUCCAAGAGUAUGGCCGCGAUGUGGAUCAGGAGCAUGAUGCCGAUGGCACAACUUGGAUUAUGACUGAGGGUACGGGCGUUCCCCGUGACUGCCGUGGCUUGAGCGAAGGAGCCCUGCUCACCUCCAAAAAGGCGAGCUCCCCAGUCAUUCUCACGUGGGCUGGGCCACGUGGGCUGGGCCACCUUCGCCGACAUGGGUACGUCCACCGUGACGUUAAGCCGGACAACAUUGCCGUCCAAGAUGGCUGUGUCAGGCUGAUCCAGGCCUGCCAGCUGCGUGGGCCGCCCACAGAUAUCUACAGUCUGGGGCUGGUGGCCCGGCUGCCAGGCUGCCUUGAUGUAGUUCGCCGCGCGCUGGAGCAGCCCCAAAAACUACUUUACUAA